UGCCCGAUAACCGUAUACUUGAUCGCCACUACCAGGAACGCGUAACGAAGUGCGCGUGACUGUGUAACGAGUUUGACGUUUCUAUCGGACCUGCUGGUGCUCGACGAAAACAGCGGACCAUCAAGAGGUGUUGCCAGAUUUCGACGUUUCUGAUUACACGAUUAUAUAAUGAUCGUUGAUUAUACGAGCAGCUUGCUGAAAAACGUUCACCGGGAUAUCCUUCCACCUGAACCCGGUCAAAGUUUUCUGAUUCGCGGGGAUUAUGAAUAUUGGCAUUACGGUUGCGAUGGGUUUAACGAUAAGGGAUGGGGAUGUGGAUACAGAACGUUACAAACAAUUUGUUCGUGGAUCAUAAAGAACAGGAACUUGGAACAAUCUGUCCCGUGUAUUAGAGAUAUACAAGAAAUACUUGUCACAUUGGAGGACAAGGAAAGAUUCUUUAUUGGGUCUAGAGAAUGGAUAGGAAGUUUCGAGGUAUGUCUUAUCUUGAAUCAUUUGUACGAAGUUCUUAGUAAGAUUGUACACGUUCCAAGUGGUAAAUUGUUAUCAGGACAGAUACCCGCUAUCAAAGGACAUUUCGAGGAAUUUGGUAGCCCCAUUAUGAUGGGCGGGGACAGAGACUGUUCUAGCAAAUGCGUGGUGGGAGUACACGAAGGCGUGAAAAAUACUUACAUGCUGAUUAUAGAUCCACAUUUCGUCGGUGUAGCAAAGACCAUCGAACAAUUAGAAAAUUACCGCUGGGUGAAAUGGCAAAACCUUAAUAACUUUGUCGAUAGCUCAUUCUACAAUCUGUGUUUGCCACAAGUCAAGUGUAUAGCAACAACUGAUAAAUAA